GCACAUGACAUAACUCUCACACUCUCACACUCUCUAAAUAAAUAAAUAUGUAUAUAUAUAUAUAUGAAGGUGUACAAUCCUAAUCGUUCGUCCAACUGCAUUUUCCAAUACAUUUUCAAAUUAAUAAUAUUAAUAAUAAUCUGAUCGGAGGAUCAGUGUGUGUGCAUUUCGAUUUUUUUCGUUUGUAUAUUUCAAGAAUUAUAUUCUGUUCAUUGUUCACUGAAUCAACACAGAACUGAACAAAACAAACAGCAUUGAAAACCACCUCUUUAACAUUAAUUUUUUUUUAUCAAGAGGCAAGCACACAUACUCACUCAUUUGGAGGCAGAAAAGAGAGCCACACACAGAGAGAGAGAGAGAGAGAGAUAGAAUCACAUUUUCGUGAAAAUUUCGAAGAUCAUCUCUUUAACUCCUGAUUUCUUUUUUUUUUGAUUUCUGGUCAUUUUGAUCAUUUUUAUUGGAAAAUAGUCAAAAAAAAAAUUAUGACUGAAACAACGCAUACAUCGGAUUCGGAAAUGGAUGAUCCAAACAAAAUUACAGAUGCUGCUUCCUGUUUAGAUUACUUGAAACGACGUGAAGUAUUCCUCUAUAAAAUGAUGAAUGAUCCAAGUCAUAAAGCAAUGCUUUAUUUUCUUGAAGUUCUAAUGAAUUCUGAUAGUCCUAUUACUGUGGAACAAUUGGCAGCACGUUUUUCCCACAAGACAUUCAGUGCAGAAAUGCGUGAUGCAUGCGGUGGAGGCAGCGCCGAUGGUCUACGUGAAUUCUUACAACGUUAUCCAUCAUUGUUCAAUGUAAAACCGAAUGGACAAGUAACAUCCGUGGCAAUUGAAUUGCCAAGUUUAGAUUCAUCCAAUUUCGAUGGACUUGGAUCGGAUCAAGAAAGUUGUUUUUCCAUAAAAGAAAACAGUCAAAAAUCAAUGAGUGAACAUGUACCACCAGUCAGUUGUUCAACAUCAAGGAAUUCCUCUUACACUGUCAAUUCGAAUUAUUCAUCAAAAACAUGUCCAUCAGUAUCCGGUGUACAGAAAGAAUAUCCAUAUAAUCGAUUUUAUCCUAAUCGGAAAGCGAAUUCCGGUAACAUUAAUACAAAUCAUAAUAGUACGUAUAACAAUCGAUUGAACAGUACAAGUUGUUUAUCAUUAAUAUCGGAUCAGUCGAAUGGAUCGUCGAAUCUGGCGCAAAAUUACUCUGAUCAUUCAUUAGGACGUAAAAAGACAGUGAAUAUCAUCAACACGACCAAAUACAACAGUGUUACUAAUAACACUACUACUACUACUACUAAUAUCAGUAGUAGUAGUACUGCUACUACUAUGACGACGAUGACGAAUAAUGAUAUUAGUGAUCAUCAACCAUCUCGUGCUUUUCCCACAACUAACGCAUCAUCAACAUUACGAACUAAACAGUCCAACAUUUAUCAACCACCACAAUUGCGUAAUCCUGAACAUGCCGCCUCAUUGGUAUUAUCACCUAAUUGUGGAUUAUGCUCAUCGACAUCAAAUCUUCCUACUACUGCUACUACUACUCAUACUACUAAUAAUAAUAAUAACAGUAGUAGUCAUAAUGCUUUAUUAAUUAACAAUAAUAUUCAUCAUGAAUUGCCAACACGCACCAAUGCAACAUGUAUCCAUUGUCCAUUGAUCGAAUUAACCUGUCACCAUCAUCAUCACACACAUCAUUGUUCAACAGCACAUCACCAUGCAACUUCAGUGCAUUGUCAUUGUACAACUAGUCCAUUGACAGCAACACCUUCAGCGUCAUUAUUACAUCAUAUACAUCACCCGACACAAACUGCGCUACGAUCUCCGCUAACAAACUAUUGCAAUUUACCACCAAUGGAGAAAUUUAUCUUGGAAAGUGAAGCGGUACAUUUUUUCCAGCAGAAAUUAAUGAAACGUGAUGAACGUUGGAUACCGAUUAAAAGUUUAGCUGGACAUUUAUCACAAGCUAGUCCAGAGAUUCGUGCUAUCGUCGGUCCACAGCUGGAAUUUCGACGUUUUCUAUUAAAACAUCCGCACAUAUUUGAAGUACAAGGUGAAUUGGUCAGUGUGAAAGAUCCAUUUGUCAGUGGAUUUGGAUUGAAAAAAUCACGUGAUCGUUUGUCAGCGAUUCACGCAAGUCAUUCAUCGUCGAAUUUGUCGAAUGUCACUACACAAAGCUAUCUACCACGUAAUAAUACAGCGUAUGAAAGAAAUCCUAGACCGAAAUCAUUGAUUCUACCGAAUAUGCUGAAUUUUGGACAUUUGUCGGAUGUUGUUAGCGGUUAUUAUGCGACGACGCCAGCACCACCACCACAAGCGUCAUCAUCUUCUUCUUCAUCAUCGAUUCAACGAAAUAUGCAUCGUCGAUCAGCACAUUUUCAUUUUGAGAAUCCAACAAAAUUCUCUCCAAAUAAAUCACUUAUUCAAUCAGACAGUUUGAUUAGUUCCGAGCCUGGAACACCAAUCAGUUCGAAUCCUGUCUUUGGCUGUGGUAGUAGCCGUGUACAAACAGAAAAAUUAAAUGUUGACAAAUCAACUAGUCACCAGAGUAAUGGUGUCAGUUCAACUAAACAAAACACCAAUUCAUUAUUACCUAGUAGUGGUGGUGUUACAACAUUGAACACAUUGAACAGUAUUAGUUUAACAAUGUCGGCUAAUGAAUAUCGUACAAUAAUGUUUUUACGUAAAGUUUUAGAAAAACAUGGCGGAGCACCAGGUCAGUCUGGUUUAAAUCUGCAUGAAUUAAUGCAAUUUUUAUUGAAUAAGGCGCCGGAAACUAUUCAAACAACAAUUGGUUGGACAAAAAUUGAAUUGGAAGAAUUUCUUAGUCAACAUAAUCUGUUUUUUGAAUUGAAAUCGAUGAAAACAUCAUUGGACAAUGUAACCAAUGAUACUACUACUACUACUCCUGUUAGUAGUAGUAAUAUUAGUAAUAAUAGUGAUUGUUCACAAAUAGGUCAAUGUCAACAGCAACAACAACAGUCCACAGACGAUGUUAUCAAUGUGUGCAAUAAACGUUUGAAUCGUAUGAUCAAUAUUAUUAUCACGGCGUCGAAACCGUUCGAUGUGAACGGUGUACGUACAUUGACCAAUCGAUGUGGUCGAAUAUUUCAUGUGGCUAAAUUAUGGGGCAUUAUUGAUCUGGGCAAACAUGAACAUGUAUUUUUCGACAAAUCAAUAUUUCGUCAUGUCGAUGAUUUACAAAAACAUUUUAAAGUAGAUGAAAUUUUAUACUUUAAUGCUGUCCUAGCACCACGUGAAUCACGUGCAAAAUGGCGUGCAACUCAUGUAUGGAAAGAAUGUGAUCGGGAAAAUGUUGAAAAAUUCGGUGCAUUAACUCCAAUGAAAAAAUUCAAUUCACUAAAGAAUAAUCAUAGUAAAUCAUUAGUACAUAAUAUACACAACUGUUAUGAUUCUAAUACAGAUCAACGUCAUGGACAGAACGCAUUGAGAUCACAUGAACUCCCCACUGAUGGCAUGAAUCAUGCCGGCAAUGUUGGCAUUCCUGAUGUUGAUGCUGUUGAUGACGAUGAUGAUAAUACUGAAAUGGAAGAAGAAAUUGAAGAUUUCAUUGUUGAAAGUAGUAUAAAUAGUAAAGAAAAAGAAGAACUAGUCAAAUCGAAUCAUCAAAAUCAUUUGAUCAAUACAGAUUCGGAUUUAGACUAUGCGUUAGCUGAUGAUGACGAUGAUGAAGAGAUCGAUGACGAGGAUGCUGAGGAUGAUGAUGAUGGGGUGAUGAAUCAUGAGAAUGGUCGAAUUAUGUCAUCAACGAUAACUAACGAUGACAGUUUAAAUUUACCAAUUGAUAUAAAAUUUAUUUCAAGCGAGAUUGAAGAAGAAAUGGAACGUGUAUUGAAUUUACAAUCAAAACAUAAUCGUCAUAAAAUGCAUAGUCAACUGUUAUUAUUAUCAUCAUCCAACACGAAAUCAUCUUGUACUGAAUUAUACGAUUCAAGUCAUUCAACGGAGUUUAGUCAUCAAACACAAUCGGAACCAUGUUGUAUAAAGAACAAUCAUACUACCACUACUACUACUAAUAAUAAUAAUAGUAGUAGUACAGGUAUGGUUAGUAGUAACAAUAAUAAUACUGAUAACAAUAAUGGUCACAAUCGACAUCAUAGCCUUGUCACUUCAUCAACUGGUUGUGGUACAAUGAAAUUCACGAAAACUACCACUAAUCAUUUAUCAUCUUCGAAAGAAGAUAGUGGCACGUCAAGUUCAUUGUCAGAAAUGAGUGCCGUGUCUAUAGCGGUACAAACUGUUUCAACUGGUGAUAUUAUGGCUACUCAAUUAUAUCAUGAUAAUAAAGUAUAAAUUGUGUUUAAAUGAACAAACAAACAUUUAAACGAUUGUCAAUCAAUCAGUAUUAUUAUCAAUAUUAAAGACAUAUUCACUAUUGAACAACUAUAAAUAAAUAUAUAUACAUUUAUAUAUUUUGUCAGUCAUCAGGAAAUGUUUAUAGUUUAUGGCGCAAAAAUCUAAUUUCUUAUUGUACUUUCUGUUCUGUAUUCAUUGAUUUUGUGUUUCUUGUUUAAAUCAACUGAUGCAUUUCAUUAUUUUCAAUUUCUUAUCUUAUUUUAGAAAAAAUAAAACAAUAUAGGCUCUCCUUUAUAUUUAUUGACAUUACAGUGAUUCAUUUUUAACUUGAAUCCCACAUAUUGUUUGUUAUUCGAUGUUUUCAAAUUCAAGGUCGAACCUUCCUAUUUCGCGCUCUUCUUUCUAUUUGGUCAUAUAUCCAAUUUUUUCUAUAAUGGAAAUCAGAUUUAGACUAAAAAGCCUACUUAGACAUUAUUUAUAUAAAUGAUUCUAUACUACUCAUUUAUUCAUUAACUACUACUACUACUUACAAACCUGUAGGUUCAUUGAUAAACCGAAAUUACUGAUCGUCAUUUUCAAUGUUCAAUUGUUCUUCCUUCUUGCUUAUUAUUGUUAUUUUUAGUUUGUCAAGCUCUCUAAAAUAUUACUAUAUAUGUACCCGUUAUUGAUUCUUAUUGUAUCCGUUUUUCACAAUUGUGAAUCCAAGUUGAGCGUAAUAUGUUCAAUGAUUAUUGCUAAGAAGCUUAGAACUGGAUGUAAGAAAUUCAACUACCAGAAAUAAAGUUAUUCAUUAUUUAUUUAUGUUAUUGAAAAUUGAAAUUCAUUCUUAUCCAAUAUUGAUUCAAGGUUCUUUUUUCAUUU